UAGUAUAAGAUUUAACCAUUUGAGUGUUGAAUUGUAAGCAGUUAUUUAUGAAUCGGUCAAAAUUAUUAAUCAUGUACAAUUAAUUUUAAUAUAAUAUUAUCUAUUUAGUGUUGUUAUUUUAUUCAAUUUUCAACAUACUUUCGUCGUAAGUCGAUGACCAUGAAAUCUUUGUUCUCCUGGCUAACGUGUUUUUGUUUCAUUUUCGAAACGGGCAUUUUGUGUGAUAGAAAACUUGAAAAACGACAAACCAUAUUUUCUUGCCCGGGUGUAACGGAAUAUGGGUGUGGAUCUGGCCAGUGCAUUGAUGUCUCAAAUACUUGUAAUGGAAUACGAGAUUGCAGUGAUGGAUCGGAUGAAACUUUACUUUUGUGUGAAACGGUCCUGUGUCCUGAACAGUAUACAUUCAGGUGCAAAUAUGGCGCUUGUAUCAGUAACAAGAAUUUAUGUGACGGCAUCGAACAGUGUGCCGAUGGUUCAGACGAAGAAAAGUGUCCCAAUUCAACUUUAAUAUCAACAUUUACGAGUUCAAUACCUAAAAAACCUGACACAGCAAAACUAAAACCAAUAACCGUGCCGUCUCGCAUUAAGGAAACUUGCAGGAUACCGGCAAUUGAGGGCACAAAAUAUUUUUACAAAGAUUGGAAUCAAAAUGUUUCGCUGUCUCAUGCCACUGAAAUUGAACAAUAUCGCAUAGUUGAGGAAGACUGCGAAGCCGGGUAUCAUAAAGUUGUUCCUUACAGAUUUAUGGUGUGUUCGGAAUCCGGACAAUGGAGACCAUUCGUAACUGAAGAAUUAUGUUUGAAAAUGUGUCCACCUAUGAAAUCAGAUAGUUUGGAUUUUGAAUGUACCUUUGAGGAUAAAUAUAUUAGUUGCUUAACUCCAGUACCUGGCACUAUAUUGUAUCAAACAUGUAAAGUCACUCAUAAAUUACCAAGUGGACAGGAACAAGUCCCAAUUCAAUUACUUUGUCUGGAAAAUGCAACAUGGAGUGAUGGUGAUCUAUAUACGUGUAUUCCAACUUGUGGUCUACUAUAUACUCCAAGUGAAGUAUUAAACGAUGAGAAAGUAGAAUAUGGGACAGUGCCUUGGAGUGUUGGAUUAUAUCGACAAAUAAAAAGUCGUGAUGGGUUUUAUGAAUUAAUAUGCGGAGGAACAUUAAUUUCUCCGAAUAAAGUUAUCACUGCGGCUCAGUGUUAUUGGGAAGAAGGGUACACGAAUAAAAUAUUGAUGAAUGAAAAACAUAAGUAUAAAAUUGCCGUUGGAAAAUAUACUAGUGACCUUUCGAUGAAAGACAGUAAUUUUACCCAGAUUAUCGAUGUGGGAUUUGUUUAUCUGAAAGAGAGUUAUUAUGGCCCUUCUGGGUAUUAUGCCGAUGAUUUAGCUAUUAUCGUGUUACAAACUCAAGUUACAAUCAGCGACGUUGUCAUGCCAGUUUGUAUUGAUUGGUCCAAACAAUAUUCUGUUCCGAAUGGAUCUUUCGGAAAGGUUGUCGGCUGGGGAAAGUCGGAAAAUAUGGAAAUAAGUUCUGUUUUGUUAAAAGCAAACUUAUCAUACACUGACAAAAAUACUUGUCGUGAUAUGUAUUCCAAUGGAUUUCAAUCAUUGGUGACUAUUGAUAAAUUUUGCGCCGUUUCUCAAUUAGGACAAAGUAUUACUGAGGGAUUUAUUGGAUCAGGCUUAACAUUUGAACACGGGGCUUUACAAUUUUUGACCGGAAUAGCGAGUGUCAUGGAUCCAUACACAAACGAUUUAGUCGCUGUUUUUACGGAUGUAAGUCACCAUAUCCAAUGGAUUCGCGAACGACUUCUCUUAUUAUUUGCUGUGAUAUUUUUGUCAUCGGCCAUGAAGUCAGCAAAUACUUUUAUUCUGGUUAUAUACUCAUAUUUCGUAUUUGAAACAGUCGUUUUGUGUGAUAGAGACAUCAGAAAACGACAAACUGAACCAACUUGCUCAGAAGAGUCGGAAUACGCUUGUCAAUCCGGCCAAUGCAUUGAUGUUGCAACUACUUGUGAUGGAAUUCAAGAUUGCAGCGAUGGAACUGAUGAAACACAAGUUUUAUGUGAACUGACCACGUGUCCAACAUACGGAUUCAAAUGCACAUAUGGUGCUUGUAUAAAUAUAGAGGGUAGAUGUGAUGGAGUGACCCAAUGUUUAGACGGUUCUGACGAGGAACUAUGUUCAUCCUCGAUAACUUCAGAAUCUGAAGUAAAUCCUGAAAAUAUCUCCACAGAGUCGACUACUACAGAACCGACAACCACAGAAUCGACAACCACAGAAUCGACAAAUACAGAAUCAACAACCACAGCAUCGACAACUACACCAUGGAAAACUACACCGUGGAAGACUACAGCAACCCCAACUACACCAUGGAAAACUACAGCAUCAACAACUACGGCAUGGAAAACUACAUCAUCGCCAACUACAUCAUCGCCAACUACACCAUGGAAAACUACAGCAUGGAAAACUACAGCAUGGAAAACUACAGCACCGACAACUACUUCGACGCCAGAUACAAAAAUUCAACAAGCCGAGUCGACAAACCAAUCUUCUAUUCAAAAAAAAACUUGCGUGAUACCGAACAUUGAGGGUACUAAGUAUUUUUAUAAGGAUACGAUUCAAAACGUUCCUCUAUCACGUGGGUCUAUAGUGAAUAAUUAUCGCAUAGUUGAAGUGGACUGUGAAGAAGGAUAUUAUAAAACUGUUCCGUACAAAUUGAUGGUAUGUUCGGAGUCUGGACAAUGGAGAUCAAUUGAUUCCGAUACAUUAUGUUUGAAAAAGUGUACUCCUAUGGUAUCAGAUGUAUUAGAUAUUAAAUGUUCACUGAAUGGAGUUAAUGUAAAUUGUUCAAAGCCAUCAGAACCUGGUACUAUAUUAACACAAUCAUGUAAAGUCGAAAAUGCACAUAAUUCACCAAGAGAACAAGGAUUAAUAAAAGCUGAUAAUGAGUUGCUUUGUCUUAAAAAUGCAAAAUGGAGUGGUCAACUACUUACCACUUGUACUUCACGUACAGAAUCAACCUCAAAUAGGUUGAAAGAACCAUCUGUAAUAGCGCCUUGGAAUGUGGAAAUAUAUAAAAUUAAUAACUAUGGUCGUUAUUUCCGAGUAUGUGGAGGAACAUUGAUUGCUCCAAAUUUAGUUGUCUCCGCUGCCCAUUGUUUUUGGAAAAAGGGGUUAAGAAGGAAGAUCUUACAGAAUGAAAAUAAUGUUUUUAAAACUGCCGUUGGAAAAGAAAAUAGCAAUUUUUCUACAAUAGACAAUACAUAUACACAGAUUGUUGACAUCAGUUUAAUUUAUCUGGAGGAUAGUUAUGAUGGUCUAUCUGGACAUUAUUCUGAUGAUAUUUCUGUCAUCGUGUUAGCAUCCAAUGUUGUCGUUAGUAAUGGUGUUCGACCGGCUUCUAUUGAUUGGUCUGCGAAACAUUUGCUUUCUAAUGGAGAUCUAGGAAAGAUGUUUGGCCUGGGAAUGAACGAUAUGCUUGGCAAUGGACAACAUAAAUCAAUAUUAAAAUUAUAUACUUUACCAUAUAUUGACCGGAAAACGUGUCAGGAAAUGUACACAGAUGGAUUUGAAAAUUACGUGACUAAAGAUAAAUUUUGCACAGGUUAUAAAUUGGUUACAGGUGAAAGAAAUCUUAUAGGAUUUGGAGGUUCGGGCCUAAUAUAUGAAUAUAGCACAGGACCAUUUUUAACUGGAAUAUUUAGUGUCAAGGAUCUACACUCAAAAAACUCAAUAGCUGUCUUCACGAGCAUAAAAUGUCACGUUGAAUGGAUCCGUAAUAUUUAUGGAAAUUAUGUAUACUAAGUAUAUUGUUUGAUAAAAAUUGUAACUGUAUAUAACACAUAAUAUGGUAGUUACUAGUUAUUGAUAAUGAACUGUAAAAAUAAGUAGAUAAACAUACUUAUAAGAAAAUCCGACAUGUAUAAUUGAAUUUUUACAUUUAAAUAACUUUUCACUGUUUAUGAAUUAUUUAAAUCAUUAUUAUUAUUAUUUAUAUCAGCAAGGUGUUUUGAGUGUUGAAGCACACUCCCGUCCGCUGUAUGUACCUUAUGUUUAAGAUUUCUUUAAAUUAUGUUGUAGUAUAUGUUGUCCUUUUUAUAUUUGAUAUUAUUAAUAUAAAAGUUGAUGACUAAAAUGUGUGUAAGCCUCCCACAUGUUAUAUGUAAAUAUAAACUUAACACAGCCCCCUAAAAAUGUCCUGGCUACGCGCCUGCCUAUAGGUAAACAAAUCAUAUUAUAACAAAAUCUAAAUACACAUAUUUACUAUUA